AGAUUAAAAAGCACUCUCAACACAAGUCAUACUACAAGGAUUCAUCGGUUGAAUCCUAAGGCUCAUAACAGUGAGGCGCAACUCGGUUCACUGAUAUUUAGGCUUUUGGCAGCUGAACCUGACAAACAAAAGUCAAAAUUUACAUGA